AGGCUACACCAAAGACCAUCAUGAGAGUUAUGGGAGUUAAGGGUCUCACUCUCUACCACCUUAAGAGCCAUCUCCAGAAAUUCAGGCUAGGGAAGCAACCACACAAGGAAUUCAACGAUCACUCGGUAAAGGAUGCUGCUAAUAUGAGCAUGCAAAGAAAUGCGCCGUCUUCAUCGAGCAUCAUGGGUCGAUCCAUGAACGACAGGAAUGUGCACAUAACCGAAGCAAUACGGAUGCAAAUGGAAGUCCAAAGAAGAUUACAUGAACAGUUAGAGGUGCAAAAACAUCUUCAAAUGAGGAUUGAAGCUCAAGGGAAGUACAUGCAAACUAUAUUAGAGAAAGCUUAUGAGACUCUCCAAGGAGAUAGUAACAUUGGCUUGGGAGGCUACACCAAAGCUUUAGGAAAUAAUACGCAAGGAGUUAUCGACAUGGUCUCCAUGAAAGAAAUGGCUUCUCCCAUGUGCUUUCCUUCUCUCCAAGACCUUCACUUGUAUGGCGGAGAUCAUCUAGAAAUUCCACAGCAAAUCGAGCGACCCCUCGACAUGUUCUUCCCUACAAACGAAAGCAUUGCGAUGGGAAGCAAGAAGAGGCCCUACCCUUACGGAUCGAACGGUAAGAGCCCCAUGAUUUGGGCUGACGAUCUUCGUCUUCAAGAAUUGGGUUCUCAAGAAGAAGCAUCUAAGUGUGAUCAGCUUCAAAUUGCACCAUCCAUGAUGGAUAGCAGCAUCGAUAUGGGUUCGAUGGCGAACGUGUAUGAAUCGAAGCCAAUGCUAGAUAUCACGGGGAAUAAGAAGUUCGAGGGCACGUCGAAGCUCGAUAGGCCAUCUCCAUGAAGAGCUAUUGGAAACUCGCGCUUUGUUUCUAAUAAGGAAGUGAGGUUUGUAAUUCUACAAAUAUAAUUGGUUCUUAUGAUCAAGUAAUUGGAUCAAGAGUAAGAGUUAGUGUUAGGAUUGAUUGUACGCGUUAGGUAUUGAUGCUAUUAGAGUUGCUAAUUAAGACAUUUAUAAUUUGCGGCCUUUUGGCGUCUCUUGACCAAGGAUGAGCUUAAAAUAUGCAUGUAAAUUAUUUAGUUCUCUUGUAUGAAUUUAGCAAAAAAAAAAGAAACACCAUUGAUAGCAUAUGUAUUUAUAUACACGAGUAAAUAAACUCCUGGUACUAGCACUAUGACAUUAACUUGAGUAAA